ACGCCGUCGCGCUAACACAACUUUGCACAACACGCCGUCGCGCUAACACAACUUUGCACAACACGCCGUCGCGCUAACGCAACUUUGCAAGUUUCACAGUCUAGUAGGAAGUCGUGUCCGGAAAUAUAAGACUGCGCAUGCUUAACCAUAUAAUGGAUGAAAUUCUGGAUGAGAUUGGUCUUGGGAAUCUUAAAGGGCUAUUCGAGGACCACAAGGGAGAACCUCAGAAGAAAAUCAAAUUCAGUAAAGAAAAUGAUGAAAAAGUUCAGGAUGCAAGUGAUGAUGACUUUGAACCACUGCCAAAACUUGUUCUGAAAAAGUCCAAGAAAAGGAAACCAUCUGGUGACGUUCGAGACAAAAAGGUUGAAGAAUUGGAUCAGCCCCAAUGUUCUCAUGAGGCAGAUUUAAGAACCCCAACGACAGAAGAACUGGAUUGCAAAAGUUUACCAGAAAUACAUGUACCAUCUGAUUCAGGAACCCCAACAGUCAUUUUCAAAAGAGAUGCCACUGAUAAUGUUUUACCCCAGAGUAAUACGUUCCAUCUCAGCAUAGACCUGAAAAAUGUAGCAUUUUCAAAAUAUCAGGGAUUUUGUACAGAAAAAUUCAUGGCUGAACAUCCAUUAUUUGUACGAUUCGCAGGGGAAAAGGGAAUUGAUGAUGGGGGUCCAUCAAGGGAAUUUAUGAGAAUUAUAAUACAAGCAGUGUCAGAGUCUUCUAUUUUCGAAGGCGAGUCCAGAAGAAAGAUGCUUUUGCAAAACCUGCUAGCUGAAGAGAAUGGUGAUUAUGAAACAUAUGGGAAAAUAAUAGCCUAUUGCUUGGUUCAUGGUGGACCAGCACCCACCUUUAUGUCAGAGUUUUUGUUUGGGCUUUUAGCCUAUGGUCCUGAUUCAGCAGACCCUACCAUUGACGACAUUGUUGAUGAUGAAUAUAAACAACAAGUUCAGAAGAUUGAAAUAUCUACAGAUAUUUCGUCUUUUUUUGAUGCUGUGGAUCCAAUGAGACCCCUUUUGGAUUAUAUUGGUGCUCUUCCAUUGGCAGUACCAAAAAAGAAAAAUGAGCUUGUGCAUGCUUUAUGUAGACACAUUGCUGUCACAAGGAUUGAGAAGUCACUUAAACAGUGA